AUGGAGCAUUCGGAGAGCAAUACAACUCCAGUGUCAUCUGAGCCCAAGAAGCCUGCUCUGGACAAACUCACGUCUGAACCAUCUGAUGAGGUGAAUGAUUCUCCAAUUGAGCAAGUCCGACUCACAGUCCCAAUUACGGAUGAUCCAUCGUUACCAUGCUUGACCUUCCGGACAUGGGUUCUGGGGCUCACUUCUUGCGCUCUUCUGGCGUUCUUGAACCAAUUCUUUGGUUAUCGCCAGAAUCCACUAUAUGUGUCCUCUGUUUCAGCCCAAAUUGUGGUACUUCCCAUUGGAAAGCUUAUGGCUGCAUAUCUGCCCAACAAAUCAAUACGCAUUCCCGGAACCAAAUGGUCCUUUUCGUUAAAUCCGGGGCCUUUCAACUUGAAAGAGCAUGUUCUGAUCACCAUAUUUGCUAAUUCAGGCUCAAGUCCUGUUUACGCAUCGGGCAUUAUUACAAUCGUGAAGGCAUUCUAUAAGCGGAAGAUUAAUGCUGUGGCAGCGAUGUUACUAACGCAGACUACUCAGUUGCUUGGAUAUGGCUGGGCUGGUAUUUUCCGGAAGUUCCUAGUUGAUUCACCAUACAUGUGGUGGCCUUCCAAUAUGGUUCAGGUUUCUCUCUUUAGGGCUUUGCAUGAGGAUGAGAAUAGGCCAAAAGGAGGCCUGACGAGACUGCAGUUCUUCCUUGUGGUCCUUAUAUCAAGCUUCUCAUACUACAUCGUGCCUAACUUUCUGUUUCAAUCUGUAACUGCUCUCUCCUUUGUCUGUUGGAUAUGGAAGGACUCUGUCACAGCACAUCAAAUUGGUUAUGGUCUCGCUGGCCUCGCAUUCUUGGGAAGUCCCUUAGCCACCCCUGGAUUUGCUAUCAUGAAUGUCCUGGCUAGUUUUAUUAUAGUUCUCUACAUUAUGAUCCCAAUUGCCUACUGGAGCAACCUGUACGGAGCCAAACGAUUCCCAAUUUACUCUACAGAUGUGUUCGAUGCUGAUGGAGGAUCAUACAAUGUUUCAAUUAUUUUAAAUGAGACAACCUUCCAAUUCAUUCAGCAAGGAUAUGAUGAUUAUAGCAAGGUUAAUUUGAGCAUCGCAUUUGUAUUUGCCUAUGGGGUAAGCUUUGCAACAUUGGCCGCCACAAUCUCUCAUGUUGCACUCUUCCAUGGGAGAACAAUUUGGCGACAAUCAAAGGCAUCUGUGCAAGACAGUUUUGGUGAUGUCCACACUAGACUAAUGAAGAAAAACUAUGAUCCUGUCCCUCAGUGGUGGUUUCACACAAUCUUGAUAGUGACAAUUAUAGCUUCCUUACUGGGGAGUCCUAUUGGCAAUUGUUUUGGCUCUGUUCUUCACCCUUCCAAUUGGUGUGAUUACCGCUACGACAAACCAGAUUGUGAAAUAUUUGUACAGCAACCAGGAUUAAAUGUCAUCACCGAGCUGAUUAUUGGUUACAUGUAUCCGGGCAAACCGCUUGCCAAUGUGGCCUUCAAAACCUAUGGUUACAUAAGCAUGUCACAAGCCAUUACGUUUCUCUCCGAUUUUAAGCUAGUGGGAACACUAGUUGCAUCAUCGGUCUACUUUGGAACAGGUUGGUGGCUCCUGACCACGGUGGAAUUCAUAUGCAAUAAAUCUAAAUUGCCUGAAGGAAGCCCGUGGACAUGCCCUGGAGAUGAUGUAUUCUACAACGCAUCAGUGAUAUGGGGUGUUGUUGGGCCUCUCCGCAUGUUUGGUAGGCUUGGAAUAUAUUCCAAGAUGAAUUAUUUCUUUCUGUUUGGGAUUCUUUCACCUUUGCCUGUUUGGUUCCUUUCUCGGAAAUUUCCAGAGCAGAAAUGGAUAAAGCUAAUAAACAUGCCGAUUAUUCUGUCAAGUGCCCCGGGGCCACCAGCCAGGGCCGUAAACUACAUCUGUUGGUUGGCUGUGGGCAUUUUCUUCAACUUCGUCGUGUAUAGGAGGUAUAAGGGUUGGUGGGCGAGGCAUAACUACAUUCUAUCUGCAGGGCUUGAUGCUGGGGUUGCUUUCCUGGCCAUACUUUGCUACUUCACAUUACAGGGACACGGUAUCAAUGGAGCCGCGUGGUGGGGUAUGAAGUUAGAUGAUCAUUGCCCUUAUGCAAGUUGUCCUACUGCCCCUGGUAUACAUGUUGAAGGGUGUCCCCCACUGGUUAAAGCUUGA